AAUAAAAAUUAUUUGUAUUUUUUUAAAAAAUAAUUCAUAUUAUCCGUCAUUCAUGAAGUCACCGAUUAUGUGUAUUUUGGAAAAAUCUUAAAUUAAUCCAAAAAUGUAGCGGAAGGAAAGGGAUGAUGUAAUGGCUUACUUCAUCCUGAAAGCUGUCCUGUUUGGACACAAAUCCAUCGAGAAACAUAUAUAAAGGCAGCGACUUUCUCUCCGAUUUUGACUUUGCAACGAUCUUCAAACCAUGGCUCAAAUGGUGGGUGCGGAUGAAAUAGAGUCCCUGAGAGUGGAGCUUGCAGAGAUCGGAAGGAGCAUCAGGUCAUCUUUCCGGCGACAGACUUCCAGUUUCAGAAGCACUUCUUCCAGAUACGAUGAACCAGAUGCUGACCUUGCCCUCCAAUGGGCAGAGAUAGAGAGAUUACCGACCGUGAAAAGGCUGAGAUCAUCCCUUGUCGAUUACGAAAACGGCAGCGGCGAUGAAGUAAACGAUAAAGGGAAGAGAGUUGUGGAUGUCACCAGGCUCGGGGCAGAGGAACGUCGUCUGAUGAUAGAGAAGCUCAUCAAACACAUCGAGAACGAUAAUCUCAAGUUGCUGCAGAAGAUCAGAAAGAGAAUUGACAGAGUUGGAGUGGAAUUGCCCACAAUAGAAGUGAGAUAUGAGCACUUACUGGUGGAGGCUGAGUGCGAGGUCGUUGAAGGGAAGGCACUCCCAACUCUGUGGAACUCUUUUACCCGCAUCUUCUCUGAACUGGUGAAGCUCACGGGUGCCAAAUCACGUGAAGCUAAGAUAAGCAUACUUAAAGAUGUCAGUGGUGCCAUAAAGCCGGGAAGGCUAACUCUUUUGCUUGGUCCUCCUGGAUGUGGAAAAACCACUCUCUUGAAGGCCCUGUCUGGAAACCUAGACAAGAAUCUAAAGCGCUCUGGCGAAAUCUCUUACAACGGGUAUGGACUGGAUGAGUUUGUUCCUCAGAAAACAUCGGCGUAUAUAAGCCAAUAUGACCUGCACAUUGCUGAGAUGACGGUGAGGGAGACACUCGACUUUUCAGCUCGUUGUCAGGGAGUCGGUAGCCGGCCAGAGAUUAUGAUGGAGGUCAGUAAAAGGGAAAAGGUAGCGGGAAUCUUUCCCAAUCCAGAUGUGGAUGCUUACAUGAAGGCAAUAUCAGUUGAAGGGCUAAAACGAAGCCUGCAAACAGAAUACAUCUUAAAGAUCCUCGGGCUUGACAUUUGUGCAGAGACACUGAUCGGUGAUGUAAUGAGAAGGGGCAUCUCCGGGGGACAAAAGAAGCGCCUCACUACAGGGGAGAUGAUCGUUGGCCCAACAAAAGCUCUGUUCAUGGAUGAAAUAACGAAUGGUUUAGACAGUUCCACGGCUUUUCAGAUCGUCAAGUCUCUUCAACAGCUAGCUCACAUAACCGAGGCUACUGUUUUUGUUUCCCUUCUUCAACCUGCCCCAGAAACCUUUGAACUCUUUGAUGAUCUUGUGCUGAUGGCUGAGGGGAAAAUCGUGUAUCACGGUCCACGUGACCAGGUCUUGCAAUUCUUCGAGGACUGUGGAUUUAGAUGCCCUGAAAGGAAAGGUGUUGCAGACUUUCUCCAGGAGGUAAAAUCCAUAUUUUUUGUUCCCUUACGCAAUUGCCACGAAUGGUUGAUCUUUUCUUGUUCUGUUCUACAGGUUAUAUCUAGAAAGGAUCAAGCCCAAUACUGGCGGCACGAAGAUCUACCCCACAGUUAUGUCUCUGUAGACAUGUUUUCGAAGGAAUUUAAGAGCUCUGAUACAGGGAAAAAGCUCGUGGGCGCUCUCUCCAUGCCCUAUGAUAGAUCAAAAAGCCAUAAGGAUGCUCUUUCCUUCAGUGUGUACUCUCUUCCCAAAUGGGAGCUGUUCAGAGCCUGCAUAUCAAGAGAAUUCCUUCUCAUGAAGAGAAACUAUUUCGUCUAUAUUUUCAAGACGUUCCAGGUUCAUUUCAUUAAACUUCCCUUGUUUUUUGAUGUCUCCUUUCCAGUGCUCGUAAACAUCACUGCUUUCUGUGCACAGCUUCUUAUGGCAGCAAUCAUUACCAUGACUGUAUUCAUACGGACAAGAAUGGAAGUUGACAUCGUUCAUGGAAAUUCUUACAUGAGCGCCCUCUUUUUUGCUAUCGUCAUCCUGCUGGUUGACGGUUUCCCGGAGUUGUCUAUGACAGUCCAACGCCUUGCCGUUUUCUAUAAGCAGAAGCAGAUGUGUUUCUAUCCAGCAUGGGCUUACGCAAUCCCAGCAACGUUGUUAAAGGUCCCUCUCUCUUUCUUCGAAUCUCUUGUCUGGACCUGCCUGACAUACUAUGUCAUCGGAUACAGCCCUGAAGCCUCAAGGUUCUUCCGGCAGUUCCUUCUGCUCUUUGCUGUUCAUUUCACGUCAAUCUCUAUGUUCCGUUGUAUAGCUGCAAUCUUCCAGACAGUAGUUGCUUCCAUGACAGCCGGUAGUUUUGCAAUAUUGGUCACUUUCGUAUUCGCUGGUUUCAUCAUUCCACCACCUUCCAUGCCGGUGUGGCUUAAGUGGGGUUUCUGGGCAAAUCCAAUGAGUUACGCAGAGAUUGGACUUUCUGUAAACGAAUUUCUUGCUCCACGAUGGCAGAAGAUGCUACCAACAAACGUUACCAUAGGAAGAUCUGUCCUCGAAACCCGUGGACUGAACUAUGACAGUUCUAUGUACUGGGUAUCAUUUGGUGCCUUGUUUGGCUUCACCUUGCUCUUCAACAUCAUUUUCACUCUGGCUCUGAGUUUCUUGAAAUCUCCUACAUCAUCCCGUGCCAUGAUCUCUCAAGAGAAGCUAUCUGAGCUACGAGGGACAAAAGAAUCCAGAGAUGAUUCACCGGUAAAGAACAAGACGAGAGACUCUCCAGUAAAGACAGAUGACAGCCAUGGCAGGAUGGUCCUACCUUUCAAACCUCUGACUGUAACAUUUCAAGACCUGCAAUACUAUGUUGACACCCCUUUGGAGAUGAGAGAACAAGGGUAUCCUUCGAAGAAACUGCAGCUUCUAUCGGACAUAACCGGAGCUUUCAGGCCAGGAGUUCUGACGGCGUUGAUGGGUGUCAGCGGCGCCGGAAAAACCACUCUCCUCGACGUUCUCGCCGGAAGAAAAACCAGCGGAUACAUCGAAGGAGACAUCAAAAUCAGCGGAUUUCCCAAAGUCCAAGAAACCUUCGCUAGGGUUUCGGGAUACUGCGAGCAAACCGAUAUUCAUUCGCCGAACAUCACCGUCGAAGAAUCCGUGGUUUUCUCCGCUUGGCUCCGCCUUGCUCCCGACAUCGACUCCAAAACCAAAACCGAAUUUGUGAAGCAAGUGCUGGAGACGAUAGAGCUUGAAGAGAUAAAGGACGCAUUGGUGGGAGUUCACGGAGUGAACGGUCUGUCGACGGAGCAGAGGAAGAGGCUGACCAUAGCGGUCGAGCUGGUGGCGAAUCCGUCCGUUAUAUUUAUGGACGAGCCGACCACUGGUCUCGACGCAAGAGCCGCCGCCAUCGUCAUGCGAGCCGUCAAGAACGUCGCCGACACCGGAAGAACCAUCGUCUGCACCAUUCACCAGCCCAGCAUCGAUAUUUUCGAGGCCUUCGACGAGUUGGUUUUACUGAAAAGGGGCGGUCGGAUGAUCUACACGGGGUCGUUGGGGCAACAUUCGUGCCGUGUUAUCGAGUAUUUUGAGAGCAUUCCAGGAGUUCCGAAGAUCAGGGACAACUACAACCCGGCGACAUGGAUGUUGGACGUCACUUCCCAAUCUUCAGAGCUUCAGCUCACUCUCGAUUUCGCCAAAAUCUACAGGGAGUCCGAUCUUUACAAGAGAAACUUAGAGGCCGUGAGAGAAUUAUCCGAACCAGAACCAAGUUCGAGGGAUCUCCGGUUCGAGAGGACCUUUGCGCAGAACUGGUGGGGACAGUUCAAGUCUUGUCUGUGGAAGAUGAGCUUAUCCUAUUGGAGAAGCCCUUCUUACAACUUGAUGCGAAUCCUUCACACGUUAAUCUCUUCCUUCAUUUUCGGUGCGCUGUUCUGGAAGCAAGGGAAGAACAUAGAUAACCAGCAGAGCCUGUUCACGGUUCUCGGGUCAAUGUACGGAGCCGUGCUCUUCUUGGGCAUAAACAACUGUUCGUCAGCUCUUCAGUACUUCGAGACCGAACGUAACGUCAUGUACAGAGAGAGAUUCGCCGGAAUGUACUCGUCCUUUGCUUACGCUUUCGCCCAGGUAGUGACCGAGAUUCCGUAUCUGUUCGUCCAAAGUGUCGAGUUUGUGAUCAUAACGUAUCCGAUGAUCGGAUACUACGUGUCCGGAUACAAAAUCUUCUGGAGCUUGUACUCGAUGUUCUGCACUCUUCUUUACUUCAACUACUUGGCGAUGUUCCUCGUAUCCAUCACUCCGAACUUCAUGGUCGCCGCCAUUCUCCAGUCCCUCUUCUACGUUAACUUCAACCUCUUCGCCGGUUUCUUAGUUCCCGAACCCCAAGUGCCGAGGUGGUGGAUCUGGUUGUACUACCUAACCCCGACGUCUUGGACGUUAAACGGGUUUUUCUCGUCUCAGUACGGAGAUAUCGAGAAAGAGAUAACGGUAUUCGGAAAAUCUACAACGGUCGCAAGAUUCUUGGAAGAAUAUUUCGGGUUCCAUCACGAUCGUCUGCCUCUUACCGCAGUCAUGCUCAUUGCUUUUCCCGUUGCGUUUGCUUCCUUGUUCGCCUUCUUCGUGGGAAAACUCAACUUCCAACGCAGAUGAUGAAUAAAUAAUGUUUGAAAAUAAAUUUUUCUAACGAUUUUCGUGAAGAAUCAACA